AGCAGCAGCGAGCAGCAGCGUCCGCGCGCUCCGGCGUGGGGCAGACGAGCUCGAGGGAGCGCGGGGCAGCGGGAGCCAGAGCCGAGCGCGGACCGACCCGGGACCCACCGCCGUCCCCAGGCCGCCCAGCAGAGCCCCAGCCAUGGCACACCAACUGCUGUGCUGCGAGGUGGAGACCAUCCGCCGGGCGUACCCCGAUGCCAACCUCCUCAACGACCGGGUGCUGCGGGCCAUGCUCAAGGCGGAGGAGACCUGCGCGCCCUCCGUGUCUUACUUCAAGUGCGUGCAGAAGGAGAUCCUGCCGUCCAUGCGGAAGAUCGUGGCCACCUGGAUGCUGGAGGUCUGCGAGGAGCAGAAGUGCGAGGAGGAGGUCUUCCCGCUGGCCAUGAACUACCUGGAUCGCUUCCUGUCUCUGGAGCCCGUGAAAAAGAGCCGCCUGCAGCUGCUGGGGGCCACCUGCAUGUUCGUGGCCUCCAAGAUGAAGGAGACCAUCCCCCUGACGGCCGAGAAGCUGUGCAUCUACACUGACAACUCCAUCCGGCCAGAGGAGCUGCUGCGCAUGGAGCUGCUCCUGGUGAACAAGCUCAAGUGGAACCUGGCCGCCACGACCCCGCACGAUUUCAUUGAGCACUUCCUCUCCAAGAUGCCGGUGGCGGAGGAGAACAAACCCAUCAUCCGCAAGCACGCGCAGACCUUCGUUGCCCUCUGUGCCACAGACGUGAAGUUCAUUUCCAACCCGCCCUCCAUGGUGGCAGCGGGGAGCGUCGUGGCCGCGGUGCAAGGCCUGCACCUGGGAGGUGCCAGCAGCUUCCUGUCCUACCCGCGCCUCACCCGCUUCCUCUCCAAAGUGAUCAAGUGUGACGCGGACUGUCUCCGGGCAUGCCAGGAACAGAUCGAGGCCCUGCUGGAGUCCAGCCUGCGCCAGGCCCAGCAGCAGAGCCUGGACCCCAAGGCGGCGGCAGAGGAGGAGGAGGAGGAGGAGGUCGACCUGGCCUGCACGCCCACCGACGUCCGCGACGUGAACAUCUGAGGGCUGCGUGCGCGGCGGGGCUCCCUGGACAGGCCGCUGCUCGCCAGGGCCGGUCACGACCAGAAGGGAAAAAGCUUCCUUCUCCUUUCCUGUCA